AUGCGAUUUUUGGCUAGUGUUACGGUUGACGAAGCUGCUCCUGGAUUGAAGGCAAUUCUUAGCUUCAAAACUCCUGAUCUAAGUUCUGCAAAGCUAGAAGUUGAAUAUUUGCAUGACUAUGCUGGGAUUAGUACCAGUCUUGGGUUGUUGACAGCUAAACCCAUUGUCGACUUUUCUGGUGUUGUGGGAACUAAUCUUGUCUCUCUGGGAACUGAUCUAUCCUUUGACACCAACGCGGGAGCUAUCACCAAGUGCAAUGCAGGCUUCAGCUUCAAAAAUACAGACCUCAUUGCUUCUUUGAAUCUGUGAGUUAUUUAUUUCCACACCAUUGUUAUUAAAUUUGAUGCAAAAGGCAGAAUACAUAAAUAGACACUUAAACUUAGCCUUUACUGUCAGUUGAACGAUCCAAGAUUGUCUCCACUACGUUAGUUGAUAACUCCAACUUACAAAAUGAUCAUCUAGAUACCUCCAAAAUUUAUGUGUCACGUCAGCGUCGGGUGUCCACGAGACAAAGUGGGUGGGGAUGAGUUGAGGUGUCUAAAUAUGUACAUUCUCAAAGUUGGAGUGUUUAGUUGUUAGUUGAGGCCAAGUUAAGGUCUUUGUCUAUGUAUUCUGCCGAUGCAAAAUGUUGGUUUUUCUGGAAUUAAUGCUUAAUCAAGUUAAUUAUUAAUUAGAUUGCUUUUCAAUGUAUGGUGAAAAAAAAAAAAAAGAAGAAGAAGAACGACAAGGGAGACGCUCUGAGCGCAUCAUUCUACCACAUAUACAAUCCCCUGACCCAGACUGGUGUUGGCGCUGAGGUGACCCAUAGCUUCUCUAGCAAUGAGAAUGCCAUUACUGUCGGAAUUCAGUAUCAAUAUAAAUUUGAUUCGCUCGAAGAUCCGUUUGAUUUGCUCACUUUGAAGGCAAAGGUUAAUAGCCUUGGCAAGGCAAAUGCGCUGAUCCGAUUACCCUUGGGUCCAAACUCGCCUUUUAUCACCAUUUCGGGAGAAGUGGACACCUGAGCUACUGCGGUAAGUGCCAAGUUUGGACUGGCCUUGGUUCUCCACCCAUAGGCUAGUGAGUACAUUUUUACAAUCACUGAG